AUGAGGGCCCUAUUGGCGGGCCUCUGCUAUUUUGCUUGUGUUGCCAUUGGAGCGUCUUUUCUGGGAGCCUCGAUAAUCGGCGUCUUCACAUUACAAGCAACAAAGCAAAAGAUAACACCCGCAAAAAAGAGGCAGAAAGUCGCGAUAUGUUUGAGUGCCCUCAUAGCCGUGGUUUACAUUGUGCAAAGCACCUUGUUCGUCUCAGAUAAUCUACGCAAUCGCCAAGACUUCCAUCCGCAGAGGAUGGUUGUUUAUCAUCUACUACAAUCGCUGACGUGGGCCACACUGUUCUUGUCCUUGUUGGACAGCACUGCGCCUCAAUGGGGACCCUUCACAAGUGCAUGGACAACGGCACUGAUGAUCGAAUUCCUCAUCACUGUUCUAUCGGUCUUGACAGGCAGCAAGGCUGACAAGCCAAGAUGUAUCAGCCUCGCCUUACAAUGCGCCCGAAUCGUCCUUCUGGUGCUCUUAUCAGCACUGGGGUUUUCGAUUAUCUUGACAAGGAAGGAAACGGCGAGCGAGGAUGAGACGCAGCCACUGAUUCCUGCACAGUCUGAUUCUGAAACCGCUUCUCACACUGGGGUGGAUCGUUCCUAUCACGGUACAGAGGUUGAUGUCGAGUCGGAUCCCGCAGAAAAUGACAGUAAAGAUGAGCCUGACGAUGAAGACUCGGAAUCGGCAGAAUUCUGGGGUGAGGAGCGGAAGAAGAAAAUCAAACAAGAAGGAGGGUGGACCAAAUACCUGAAGGAGUACAUGAUCUUCUUACCAUAUAUCUGGCCGACUGAUCGCAAAUUUCAACUCUACUUCGUUGUCUUGGGCGCCAAUAUCCUGGCGGAACGGGCGUUGAAUGUUUUGUAUCCCCGACAAUUUGGGAUUGUCAUCGACAAACUUUAUGAAUCAGCGUCCACCGGGCACAUACCGUGGAAAGACGUGGCCAUUCUUGGUCUUCUGCGAUUGUUGACGUCAGGGUCGUCAGGGCUUUCGGUUCUGAACCAGAUGCUGGAAACUAGACUCGAAAACUGGUCUUAUCAGAAACUGAACGGGGCAGCAUUCGAUCAUGUGAUGGGUCUAUCAAUGAGCUUCCACGACGGGAAGGACUCAGGAGAGGUGAUCCGAGCGGUUGAACAGGCUGGAUCAAUAAAUUCUCUGCUCCGGACAGUGGUGUUGGACACGUCACCGGUCCUAUUGGAUCUCGUCAUUGCCUCCUGGUAUCUCACCUUCCUUCUGGAUGCCUAUGCGGUUGUAAUUGUGGUUUUCGUUGGAUUGUCCUUUAUCUUCGUGACUCACUACAUCACGGCAGUGCUGAAGAAAUCCCGAAGAGAGUCUGCGGUCAACAGUCGAGCCGAGAGCCGCAUGCUGUACGAGAUGGUGAGCAAUUGGGCAACCGUGUCAUACUUCAACCGACGAAAGUAUGAGCAAGCGCAACUGGCGCAGACCAUCAAAAAUGCCACUUUGGCAACUCAGUGGAACAACGACGUGGGACUGUUUCUAUUUGCUGCUCAAGAGUUGUGUCAAGUUUUCGGGAGGUUUCUCGUGACGAUUUUGGCUGCAUAUCGCAUUGCUUAUGGUGUUAUACCGGUGGGGAAUUUCGUGGCGAUCGAGUCAUAUUGGGACACCAUCACCUGGCCUCUGUGGACGCUGGGCCACAGCUAUCGCCGGUUGGCCUCGGAUUUGAUCGAUGCAGAAAGGUUGUUGGAGCUCUUCAAAAAGCGGUCUGAAAUUCAAGAUGGGCCGCUCACAUUGUCAGACGCACCGGGUGCUGGUAAGAUCGAGUUCUCGAAAGUGUUCUUCGGAUAUCACAAAGGUCGAAAUGUGCUUGAAAAUUUCUCUUUUGCAGCCGAACCCGGACAAACGAUUGCUCUUGUGGGAGAAACAGGAUCUGGGAAAUCAACGACACUCAAGAUCUUGAUGAGAUUCUAUGAUGUGACUUCGGGGAGCAUUACGAUUGAUGGACAUGACCUUCGCGAAUUCACCGUACACUCGUUGAGAGAGAUGUUUGGAUUUGUUCCACAGAAUGCAGCAUUAUUCAACACGUCGAUUCUCGAAAACGUCAGGUAUGGACGCUUGGAGGCCUCUGACGAGGAGGUGUAUGAAGCGUGCCGAGCAGCAGCCAUCCACGAGAGAAUUGUUUCCUUUCCGCAAGGAUACAGCACGAAAGUGGGUGAGAGAGGGGUCAAAGUGUCGGGGGGUGAGCUACAGAGAAUCGCAAUCGCACGAGUGAUGCUCAAGAACCCUUCGAUCGUUCUGCUGGACGAGGCCACCUCGGCACUGGACACUCACACCGAGAGUAAGAUUCAAGAGGCAUUGAAGAACCUGACAGCAGGUCGCACGACCAUUGUGAUUGCACAUCGAUUGUCAACGGUGACGAGUGCGGAUCAGAUCCUGGUGGUUGAUAAAGGUAACAUUGUGGAGAGAGGAUCGCACAAGGAGCUGUUGCUGUUAGGGGGGAGAUAUGUAGGCCUAUGGGAGAAACAGACGAUGGUCAGUCCCCGGUCGGAGACGGUGACAGACGAGGAAACGGAAGAGGGGAAUCUAUCAAGGUCGAUGAUAUGA